AUGUAUUGCUGCAGUGCCCAGGACAGUAAAAUGGACUACAAGCGGCGCUUCCUGCUUGGCGGGUCCAAGCAGAAGGUGCAGCAGCACCAGCAGUACCCAAUGCCCGAGCUGGGCCGAGCACUGAGUGCUCCCCUGGCAUCUACGGCCACCACCGCCCCCCUGGGCAGUCUGACCGCUGCAGGCAGCUGCCACCACGCCAUGCCCCACUCCACUCCCAUUGCCGACAUCCAGCAGGGCAUCUCCAAGUACCUGGACGCCCUCAACGUUUUCUGCCGUGCCAGUACUUUCCUCACAGAUCUCUUCAGCACUGUGUUCAGGAACUCUCACUACUCCAAGGCAGCCAUGCAGCUCAAAGAUGUGCAGGAGCACGUCAUGGAAGCAGCCAGUCGGCUGACUUCAGCCAUCAAGCCUGAGAUUGCCAAGAUGCUGAUGGAACUUAGUGCUGGGGCUGCGAACUUGACAGAUCAGAAGGAAUUCAGUCUCCAGGACAUUGAGGUGUUGGGACGAUGCUUUUUGACAGUGGUGCAGGUCCAUUUCCAGUUUUUGACCCAGGCAUUACAGAAGGUACAGCCCGUGGCUCACUCUUGCUUUGCUGAAGUUGUUCUGCCAGAAAAAAAGAACAGCAGCAGUGGCGGUGGCUUAUCUGGCAUGGGCCACACAUCGGAACUGGAGGAAGCGGUGCGAUCCUGGCGAGGGGCUGCUGAGGCAACAUCUAGACUGAGAGAAAGAGGCUGUGAUGGCCGCCUGGCAGGAAUUGAAGUUCAACAGCUCUUCUGUUCUCAAAGUGCAGCAAUUCCCGAGCACCAGCUAAAAGAACUGAACAUAAAAAUUGACAGUGCUCUGCAAGCAUAUAAAAUAGCUCUGGAAAGCUUAGGUCACUGUGAAUAUGCAAUGAAAGCUGGUUUCCACCUGAAUCCAAAGGCAAUAGAAGCCAGCUUGCAGGGCUGCUGCAGCGAGGCAGAGGCGCAGCAGACAGGGCGGAGGCAGACCCCGCCGCAGCCCAUGCAGUGUGAGCUUCCCACUGUGCCCGUGCAGAUAGGAUCAAGCUUCCUGAAGGGGGUCUCCUUCAACGAGUCGGCUGCCGACAACCUGAAACUCAAGACGCAUACGAUGUUACAGCUGAUCAAGGAGGCAGGCUGCUAUAAUGGAAUCACACCCAGGGAUGACUUUCCUGUGACUGAAGUCCUGAACCAGGUGUGCCCAUCCACGUGGCGGGGUGCCUGCAAGACUGCCGUGCAGCUGCUGUUUGGCCAGGCCGGACUGGUGGUAGUUGAUACAGCACAGAUUGAAAAUAAAGAAGCCUAUGCCCCCCAAAUCAGUUUAGAAGGCUCCAGAAUUGUGGUUCAAGUACCAUCCACAUGGUGCCUGAAAGAAGACCCUGCUACCAUGUCCCUGCUGCAGAGAAGCCUAGAUCCCGAGAAGACGCUGGGCCUGGUGGACGUGCUCUACACGGCGGUGCUGGACCUCACCCGCUGGAGGGCAGGGAGGGAACAAGCUUUACCCUGCAUACAGAUCCAGCUUCAGAGGGAGAUCUGUGAUUUUGGAAAUCAGGCUGACUUGCCUUCUGGGAAUGGGAACAAGUCUUCAGGUGGCCUGCAGAAGACAUUCUCCAAGCUGACCUCCCGGUUCACCAAGAAAGCUUCCUGUCCGAGCUCGAGCAGCAGCACAAGUUACUCCAUUCCAAAUACCCCUUCCAAAAACAUCUUCAUAGCUGGGUGUUCGGAAGAGAAGGCCAAAAUGCCCACUAAUAUGGACUCAAGGCUACAAAGCAUUUUGAACAUUGGUAAUUUCCCUAGAACUGCAGACCCUUCACAGUCAGCUCAGAAUUCCAGUAAUCAAAUGGCCAAUGGUUUUCUCCUAGAGAGGCGUGACAACUUCCUGCAAGGGGAUGAUGGCAAGGAUGAGAAGGGUAUGAAUUUGCCAACCGAUCAGGAAAUGCAGGAGGUGAUCGAUUUUCUCUCGGGCUUUAACAUGGGCCAGUCACACCAGGGCUCCCCACUGGUGACACGGCGCAACUCUGCCGCCACAGCCAUGGUGACUGAGCAGAAGGCAGGAGCCAUGCAGCCACAGCAGCCGCCACUGCCAGUGCCCCCACCACCGCGGCCACCCCAGGCUGGGGCGCACACACCUCUGACACCCCAGCCGGGCUUGGCACCUCAGCAGCAGUCCCCAAAGCAACAGCAGCCCCAGGUCCAGUACUACCAACACCUGCUGCAACCUGUCGGACCGCAGCAGCCCCCGCCCCAGCCCCGGGCCCCUGGGAAAUGGGUAUCCGGCUCAUCCCAGCAGCCAGCGCAACCCGUCGGAGCUGGUCUGUCUCCCCUUGGCCAGUGGCCUGGCAUAUCUGAUCUCAGUUCUGACUUGUACAGCUUGGGUCUGGUGAGCAGCUGUUUGGAUGAUGUGAUGUCGGAGGUUUUGGGACAAAAGGCACAGGGACCUAGAAAUAACACCUGGCCAAACCGUGACCAAAGCGAUGGAGUCUUCGGGAUGUUGGGAGAGAUUCUGCCUUUUGAUCCUGCAGUGGGUUCAGAUCCCGAGUUUGCGCGCUAUGUGGCAGGAGUGAGCCAAGCAAUGCAGCAGAAACGGCAAGUCCAACAUGGUCGCCGCCCAGGCAAUCCCCGGGGCCACUGGCCACCCAUGGAUGAUGCCCAUCGGACCUGGCCUUUCCCAGAGUUCUUUGCAGAAGGGGAUGGCCUGCACAGCGGCUGGGCAGGGGCUCAGGGAGACUCAGCCAGCUCGAGUGAUGAGACAUCCUCUGCCAACGGGGACAGCUUGUUCUCCAUGUUUUCAGGGCCUGACCUCGUUGCUGCUGUCAAGCAGAGAAGGAAGCACAGCAGCGGUGAGCAGGAGACCAGCACGCUGCCCUCACCGCCCCUUCUCACCGCAGUGGAGGAUGUGAACCAGGAUAACAAAACCAAAACGUGGCCACCCAAAGCCCCCUGGCAGCACCCUUCUCCGCUGCCCAGUACCCUGCCUGGCCCAAGUGCACCACUCUAUGCAGUCGCCAGCCCCGGCAGCCAGUGGAGCGACACCAUGCAGAUGCUGCAGUCCCCGGUGUGGGCCGCCACCAGUGACUGCAGUGCUGCCUCCUUCACCUACGUGCAGCCCCCGCCGCAGCCCCCGCCCCCACCAGCACACAAGGCAGCCCCCAAGGGCUUCAAGGCCUUCCCUGGGAAGGCUGAGCGCAGACCAGCCUACUUGCCCCAGUACUGA